UAAAACGUAUUUCAAUUAAUUCAAUGUGCGCAAACGAAAGUGAAAUUCGCCGUGGGAAGCCAGAGGUGACCGCAGAAAUCGUGAUGAGCCACCUGAUUCCGCGAUGCCGCUGCUCCAAUAAACCGGCCAUAUAGCAAAAGAGCGAGAAAGAGUUGCCUCCGGAAUGUGGGUCAAGGUGUUACACAUCUUCUGGAACUCCCCAUAAGCUAAGUAGUUGUGGGAGGAUCUUUAGUUCUUUAGUUACAAGAAGGAGUUUUUCAAGAGAAGGAUCUGCACAGGUAUGAUCAAUUGAACUGCAGGAUUUUUUAGAGGUAAAAAAAAAAAACAAUUUAUGAGAAAUUUUGAAGCUAAAGAGCAUCAGAGAUGUAGGUCAUGAUUUUAAUUCACACGCUCUUAAGAUUGCCAAUAUAUUUUGUCUUUUCCACAUUGCCCUUGACUGUGAGUAAUUCGCCGUUAGAUGCGAAAGGUGUGACACCAUGGGAGAUGAUGAUGGGAUCUUUCCCACCUUUCCCAUCAUCGUCAUGUCUCUUUGAUGAAAGAAAUUCAUUCGAUGCGACCAUCACGAUGAUUUUCACUGGAAUAAACAGUCUCGAUGGAUUUCUGCUGUGUCGAGGUGCUCCACAGCCCCACUCAUGGGCACACACGGAAUCAUCGGUUGUAAAGAGAGAACUUAUAUUUUACCUCUCUGCACCACAAACUCAGGUGGUAUGCGAAAAAAUUACACAGCUCAGUAAAUAUUAUGUGAAAUCGGGUAUUUUCAAUUUCGAACGCCGAGUGGGACUCUCAAUUUUCGCUGGCUACUCACUGGGCGCGCACACUAACUGACUGGGGCUCCUACACCACCGCUCUGUCGUCUCAGAAGCGAUCUCGUGGCUUCCUUAACGCGCGAUAAAUCCAAACGCAGGAUCUUCGCGGGGCAGAUAGUGUCUAAUUUCAACCGUUAGAAAUUGUGGUGACGGCUAUUUGUGCUUUUAUUAGUGAGUGAUCUGAUCUUCUUUUAUCUCUCUUCAUAAAUUCCAUUUUUAUUUUUUAACUAUUCUUGAGGUGCUGUUGUAGCCAUAAAGAAAAAAAAUUGUGUGUAGUGUGCAGGAAAGUCACGAAAAAAAAAGAGAUUUCAAAAAUCGCACUUUGUGAAUUGAUGGUGUCAAUUGGAAUCUAUUUGCGUUCCCCAUUGAUUUUUUUUUAGUGAACGUGAGGAGCUAAGGAGGACACACAACGUGCGGAUCUUUUAACAAUUUGAAGUUUCUCCAUAGAAUCGUGGUGCAGAUAAUGAUUUUAUGUGAUGACUUCAUUGAAGUGGCUUUAGCUAUGAAUUGAUUGGAUUGCUGGAUUGCAACAAUUUGGGGGAAAUUUUGAGUAAUUGAGUGGCAAUCGUGCAGUGUGUUUUAUCAGGAGAGAAAUUACAGUGAAGAAGGUGUUGGAAGAAAUAGAGAGAGAGAGAAAGAGUUUCUCUGGUGCAUUUUUUUUAAUCAUCUGUUGAGUAAAAAUUGCGGGAAGAAACAUUUACGGGAGUGAAGGCGUUGGGUGGAAAUUGCGGAGGAAUUUCUCAAGGAUUGGAAGACUCUUCUCCGGCUGCUUCAAGAUGAUGUCGCUGUAUCGCACGAUAAAGACUGGUACAUACAAAAGGAGACGGGAAAGAAGUCUCGGUCCUGUAGAAACAUUUCCACGUGAGAUGGUGUCAAGGCGGAAAAUCUUAUCCCGUUCAAGGGAUGAUCUCAACCUCGAUCACACCUACCAUCCGCAGCAGGAGGACGAAGAGGAUGUUUGGUAUCAGAAAGAGAAACUUUAUAAGGAACACAUACAAGAAGUUUUGGACAAAUGGACACAAAUAGACGAUGAAAUAUGGGCCAAAGUAAUAGUUUUUGAAAGGAAUCGGCGUGUGGCAAAGGCAUAUGCGAGAGCACCUGUACUAACGAUAAAUGGUUCAGAUGAUGGAUUCGAUGGGAUGAGAAUUGGAUUGUGCGGCUUCGACAAUCCUAUGCGGGAUCAGAAGACGGACGAAGUGAAGCGUCAUGUAGGGCAGGGAGUCAAAAUAAAAAUGGACGAUGCAGGAAAUAUUCUCAUACGUCGGUACUCAAAGGGUAAUGUCUACAUAAAAAGUACAGCGAGUGGACCAAAUGAUGAGACGGCGAUCGGUGCUGAUAUCCUCAAACUGCCAAAUCAAGCGCUUGAAAGUGAAAAAAUUGUCAAGUUGUUCGACAUGAAGAAGUUUCAGUCAAAUGUGAAUCGUGAGCUGCGUCGCGCCUAUCCGGAUCGCCGACGACUGGAGACGCAGUGCCUCUCGGCGGUGGCUUUUGUGAAGUCGGAGAACGACAUCCUGGACUGUCCGAUCUGGGUGUUAAUAGUCAAUGUGGUCGCCAUGGAUAUGCUAAAGAGCAAACUGCCACCAGUGCAACGUCCCCUAGAUAUAAAGAAUCGCCCUCGAAUCCCCAUACCAGAUGAGGAUCCCUACAGUGUGGCCGGAAAUGGGGGUUCUGGUGGGAGUUCCAGCAGUUCGGGCUUUGGUGCCAGCGGGGCUGGUGGUCAUGUGGCAGCAACACGGGAACAACUUCUCCUGCAGACGCAGCAAUUGGCGUCGCGACGAAGUGAAAAACCCCCUAAAUUGCCACCGAGAGACAAUAUGUAUCCGCACGAUAUACCUAAGCCUGAUUACGACGAUAUCGAAGACGAUACCAGAGUAAAAUCAUUCGCGAGAGGGAAGUCGGACAAGGGGAAGGACAAUAAGAAAUAUGACGAUCCGUACUACUGUGGCCUACGUGCUCGUGUACCGAACUUUGUGAAGACAUCGAAGGCACCACCAGCGAAGCAUCACAAUGGACACAGUGUGCACGAAAAGGAGACACCAAAACGGAUGUCAUUGGCACACCUUCAGCACCCAGCCUCUCUGCAGUCCCUCCACCAGCUUCAUCAGAUGCACCCGCAUCCGCAUCUCAUGUCUGCCCACCAGCAGCAGAUGAUGUGGCACGCACGCAGCUUCGAGAGUGGCAUAGAUUCAGAACUGGUUGAAUCGCCGUACAAUCAUAUUUACGGGCGGAUUCCGCUGCCCACGCGUGGCUACAUUCCUCCGCCGCCCAGGACAAUGUACAUCGGCGAGUGGGAUUGAAAGAAAACAAAAAACAAAAAAAGAAAAAUACAAAAAAAGCGUUAAACCUCAUAAAAAUGAACAUAAUUUUCCGGACACUACAAAUCUCUUUUCCAACCCUAUAUUGAUACUUUCAAAACACCACCCACAAUUCUCUCAUUUAGCUUUCCCUCCACAUUUUCUCAAAAAAGAAAUAUUUUUUUAAAUAAAUAAUUUUUCUCUUACUUUUUUGUAAUAUUUGUUUUUACAACAUAGUCUGGAGAAAAAUAAUCUCUCAUUGUCUGUGCAGAAAAAGAAAUGAAAGAUAAAAUGCACCUUGAUUGCAUUUUGCAAUAGAAAUUGAUUUGAAGAAAACAAAAAAUUGGAUAAAUGAAAGUUAUAAUCUCGAAUUUAAGUCACUUGCUAUUCUCUUUUUUUUUUAAAUAAAAUUAUAAAGAUAAUAAAUAAUAAUACCUAAUUAUAUACUGUGUAUUUGUGUAAGUUGUUAUAAAAAAAAAGAAAUUAGGCAAAGUGUUAGUUAAAGUGAAUGUAUAAUUAUGAAAUUUUUAACAAGAAAAACUAUCUACUUUUAAUUUUAUUUUUUAAGUAAUGUAUGUUAACUAGAAGUUUAUAUAUAUAAAUUUUUCUAUAUAAUGCAAUUUACUCAAUUUUGACAAUUUUUUUUAUUCUUUAAUUUUAUGUAAAAUCAUUUUGGAGAAUAUAUACCUUUGUAGAGAUUAUUACCUAUAAACAAUAUAUUUUUUUUAAUUUUAAUAAACAAGAAGGAUAUUGCUUUUGCAAAUCUAUAUAAUGCCUAAUUUGGAAAUUAUAUAUACCUAUACCUAUGUAAUAAAUAUAGGAUAAUGAGAAAUUGCUGAAUGUGCUUCAAGCAAAAAUUUAUUUAAAUUGCAAUAUGAGAGGAAAUACGAAAAGGAUUCGAAUUGUAUUUGAUUUGCAUGGAAUGUGGAAGAUCUUUUGAUGGAUUCUUGUGCAGAUUUUACUGAAAUAGUUUUUCUAACAAUUUUUCUAUUUAUUCAAAAAGAAAAAAAACUUUUUACAGAAUUCUCUAUUUAAUUGUUUUUUUUUUUUUUAAUUAGCCAUUGAAUUCUUUUGAUUUCUUUAAAAGUCUAAAAUGAAUUUCAUGCAAACCAAUUGCAAUUCAAUUUUCAAUCUUCAUCCUCUCAUAUAAUUGAAAUCUUAUCAAUUUUAGAGUGAUUCCCAUCGAUGAAAUCACUAAAAAUCGACAAGAUUCCGGAUAAAUUAUUUUUUUGCUUCAAGCACUUCAAAAUAAACUGCCUGUGUAAAUAUAUAUUAUUAAUUAUAUCUAUUGAUUAAAAAGAAAUAACAUCAUCGUAGCAAAAUAGAGAUUCAGAGUGAAAAGAAGAAAGAAUUUUGAAUUAAAGAAAAAUCAUUUAAUUAGCAUUGUAGUGUGAAAAACUCUGUAAAAUUAAUGAGACACUCAAAAUACCGAUUAAAAUACUCAGCUUAGAUUUUUUCCAAACACAUGUGAGAAGAAAAUUUCUAUAUAAUAAAUUAUUAUUUAUAGUCUCUAUACGCUCUAUAUUAUACAUAGUUUCUUCCUCAAGUGUGUGUACGAGAAUGAAAAAUGAAGAAUUGUUCGAUGUGAUUUUAUUAAUUUUUGAUUAUUUUUUUGAACAAUUCUUACUUUUUCAAACUCAUCCUAAUUUUUUCUUCUUAAAAAAAAACAUCAUGCUAGGAUUUUUUUUGUAUUUGAUAGAAAUCAAGAUUAUGUAUUCUCUCUCUAUUAAAAAAAACAGAAGUCUUCAAUGCCUUUAAAGCCACCGGAAGUGUGGCGAUAUAGAAGGUAUCAUAUAGAAAAUAGAAUAUCAAAUAAAAGGUGUUGGUUAAUAUCUCUCAAAA